AUAACCUGUAAACGUAGAUCGUCCCUCAGUUGAAGUUAGUAGAGCUAAACUACUCGUUUGAUUUUAAAAUUGAAGGUGUUAUUAAAGAGUGAAAAUGGAAAACAGUUUUUAUAUAUCUAUUAAAGGAGUGCCAAUGCCAAAAGUAUUAUCAGGAAAAUCUGUUCGAUCAGUUUUGAAUUACAAAGCAAAACCUGGACAAAUUUACAUUGCAGCUUAUCCAAAAUGCGGAACUUCUUGGAUGCAAACCAUAGCUUUGUUAAUCCUAAGAAAAGGCCAAGUGUCAGAAGAUCCUUUAGAUUUCUUUUUAGGGUGCCCAUGUAUAGAACUGUUGGGUGCUGAUUAUAUCGAAGAAUCAAAGGCGAAAAUAAUAAAAACACAUGUACCGUAUUAUGCAAUAUCGCAUUCGGAUGAAGCCAAAUAUAUAUACGUGGCAAGAAAUCCUAAAGAUUGUUGCGUGUCCUAUUAUUAUCACAUGAAGUUAUUAUUACCCAAAGAUACAGAUUUAAGUUUUGAUAAAUUUUUUGAUGGGUUUAUAGAAGGAAGUAUAGGAUAUGGCGAUUAUUUCGACCAUCUUCUUGAAUGGUAUCAGCAUAGAAACGAUAAAAACGUGCAUUUUGUUACUUAUGAGAAUUUAAAGAAAGAUAUUAGAGGAGAAAUUAUGAAAAUCUCGAAAUUUAUUGGAGAAGAAUAUGAGAAAUGUAUUUUAGAAAAUCCUACUAUAUUAGAGAACAUCGUUUAUUACAGUAGCUUCGAUUACAUGAAGAAACAUACUAAUAAAGCAAUAGAAGCGCUUGUAAAUGGACAUAAAGUUUUUAAAAAUAGAGAUUUACCCGAUACAUUGAUAGAAAUAAUGAAAUUAUCGAGUGAAAAUAUAGAAAAUAAAGCAAAUGGGGAUUUUGUGAGAAAAGGAAUCGUAGGAGACUGGAAAAAUCAUUUCAAUGAAAAGCAAAUAAAGCUACUGGACGAAAAAAUUGCCGAAAAAACGAAAAAUAGCGACGUAAUGAAUUUAUGGAAAGAUAUUUUAUAAAAAUAUUAUAAUAAAAACCUUUAAAGGCUAUAUAAUAAAUUUUAAUAUAACGUUUAAUAAAUAAUUCACAUUACAAGGUUAUCUGUGAGAUAAUCUGAGUAAUAUUAUUGACGAAUUGUAUUAAAUUUACACGAAAAUAAUUUAAUAAUUAUGUUAUCAUUUUGUAUGG